AAAACAUUCCUUCACUCACCGCAGCGAAACUCUGCCGCACGGGCAGCAAUUUAUUCUGAGAAAGUAUUUUAAACGAAAUUACGAAAUCGUUCUCACAAUUUGUGUAACAUUCAAGUAUCGAUUGCACUACCGGUGACAAUAAUUGGUAUCGGUCGGCAGGAUGCUAACGAUUUCGCGAAAACUCGGUGGCGCAGUGUCCCGGCAAGUUCUACGCAGUAACGCACCAUCGCUCCAGGCACAGGCUCGAACCGUCUCAUCCGAGAAAAAAUACAGCAUCAAAGAUGAAGUGCUUGACGGAAGACCACUUUAUCUGGACGCUCAGGCGACGACUUCAAUGGAUCCCCGCGUCCUUGAUGCAAUGAUGCCCUACAUGACGGCCUACUAUGGCAACCCACACUCUCGAACGCACGCCUACGGGUGGGAAUCUGAAGGAGCUAUGGAAAAAGCCCGCUCGCAGGUGGCCAACUUGAUCGGUGCCGAUCCGAAGGAGAUCAUUUUUACAUCCGGUGCAACCGAAUCGAACAACAUUUCCGUGAAAGGAGUGGCCCGGUUCUACGGCGCAAAGAAGAAGCACGUCAUUACGACCCAAACCGAGCACAAGUGCGUGCUGGAUUCAUGCCGUGCCCUGGAGGGAGAAGGUUUCCGAGUGACGUAUCUUCCGGUGCAGACGAAUGGGCUGAUCGACAUGGAAGAGCUGGACAAAGCGAUCACACCGGAAACGGCCCUAGUGUCCAUCAUGACCGUGAAUAACGAAAUCGGCGUGAAACAGCCGGUGGCCGAUAUUGGCAAGCUUUGCAAAUCAAAAAAAACAUUUUUCCACACCGAUGCCGCCCAGGCCGUGGGAAAGAUCCCGCUCGACGUCAACAAGAUGAACAUCGAUUUGAUGUCCAUUUCCGGUCACAAGAUAUAUGGUCCCAAGGGAAUCGGUGCUCUUUACGUGCGUCGACGACCUCGAGUUCGGGUGGAAGCGAUCCAGAGUGGCGGUGGCCAGGAGCGUGGCAUCCGAAGUGGAACCGUUCCGACUCCAUUGGUAGUUGGAUUGGGAGAGGCCUGUGAGAUUGCUAGCCGAGAAAUGGAAUACGACCACAAGUGGAUGGAAUUCCUCUCGCAGCGCCUGAUGGAUCAGAUCUUCGCGGCCCUGCCGAAAGUUGUCCGCAAUGGUGAUCCGGUCCAUUCCUAUCCCGGAUGCGUGAAUCUUUCAUUUGCGUACGUCGAGGGUGAAUCGCUGUUGAUGGCCCUCAAAGACGUGGCCCUCUCGAGUGGAUCCGCCUGUACUUCUGCUUCGCUGGAACCGUCUUAUGUGCUGCGGGCCAUCGGUGCCGAUGAGGAUCUGGCGCACAGUUCGAUACGGUUCGGAAUCGGACGUUUCACUACGGUGGAGGAGAUUGACUACAUCGCUGAGAAGUGCAUCAAGCACGUGACACGAUUGCGUGAGAUGUCGCCACUGUGGGAAAUGGUGCAAGAAGGCAUUGACAUCAAGUCGAUCCAGUGGUCGCAACAUUAAGGGGAACAGCGUAACUGAGGAAAUGUUUCUUGUUUUUCGUUAAGGAGUCGUUCAUGGGUCACUAUUUUUCCCCGUGUGAUCCAUGUUAGUAGGUACAAAAUUAUAAAAAUACAUUGAUCAUGGUAUUUGAUGCGGACGACCCCUUAGGUGUAUCGCUUCUACCAGUGAAAUUUGGAAACAGUUUUGUUAAUUAGGCAUCCACUUGUUUGUUCCAUUUACGCCGAACGAGACUGCUAGAGCUUAGGUGUAAUAAGCUAAUGAAGAUGGCAAUAAAAUUUAGAAGUUGAUAA